UCAGAGCAAAAGUGUUAUUAAAGGGGUUACGUGAAGUCCCGAUUCAGACUUGGCUUCUUUAACAAGGAAAAAAAAUGACAACAAUUCAAGCAGAAUUCAUUAACAUCUAAAACUGUAGUUCCAGCUGAAACUAUGACCCGAAAUCAGCACCCUGUUUGCAGAGCCUCCAUUCGCGGAGUCCUACUCCACCUCCUCCUCCUCCUGAGCCCGGCAGCUGAGACUCGCUCAGACCUGCAGAGUUUGUCAGAGAUCUCGGAGAGCCAUGGAGCGUUUGGUGCUGCUGGUUCUGGUUUUGCUGCCGUCUCCUCAGCCAGCGCACGGCAACAAGGCGACCUGCAAGCCGGUGACCGCCAGCUUCUGUCAGGGCGUGGGUUACACCACCACCGCCUACCCGACCGGGGCGGUGGGCUACAACCUGCAGCAGACGGGUCAGAUGGUGGAGACAGCUUGUUCUCCCAACAUCGCCACGCUCAUGUGUCGCGUCGUGGUGCCCGAAUGCGGUUCAGAGGACAACAGCCGUAUGAAGCCGUGCCGGGCGCUCUGUGAGAAGGUCAAGACCGACUGCGAGCCCGCCUUCAAAGCCAAGAGGUUAACCUGGCCGAUAAGGCUGAGGUGCGAAACUUUACCGGAGUCCAACUGCGUGCAGGGCCCAAACGUCAGUCCCACCCCCCCUGGGACAUGUCAGCCCAUCACUGUCCCCCUCUGCUCAGACCUGCUCUACGCUGACACCAUCAUGCCCAACAUCCUGGGCCACGCGUCCCAGGAGGACGCAGCACUGGAGAUCCAUCAGUUUUUCCCGCUUGUGAAGGUGGGCUGCUCUCCUCACCUGAAGACGUUCCUGUGCUCCGUCUACACGCCCAAGUGUGUGUCCGGCCGAGCUCAAGCCCCCUGCAGGACGCUGUGCGAGCAGGCCCGGUCCGGCUGCGAGUCGCUCAUGAACAAGUUUGGCUUCCAGUGGCCGGAGUCUAUGAGGUGUGAGGCGUUCAGCACAGAGUCCUGUGAAAACACUGAAGACGUCAGUUUGACCUCCUCGUGUCAGACGAUCACCGUGCCGCUGUGCCAGGGUCUGCCGUACACGCAGACCGUCCUGCCCAACAGUCUGGGCCACAGCACGCAGGAGGACGUCCGCAUGGUGAUUCAGACCUUCCUGCCGCUGAUACAGGUGGGCUGCUCCCCUCACAUGAAGCCUCUGCUGUGCUCCGUCUACACUCCGGAGUGUGUGUCUGGAUCGCCGCGGCCUCCCUGCAGGACGCUCUGCGAGCACGCACGCACCGGCUGUGAACCCGUGUUAAAAAAGUUUGGCUUCCAGUGGCCAGACACCCUGCGGUGUGACGCCUUUUCUACAGAGUCCUGCGAACACUACGGCGUGGGCAGCAGCGGCGGCGUCUGCGAGCCCAUCACCAUCCCGGUGUGUCAGGGCCUGUCCUACAACCAGACCAUCACCCCGAACCUGCUGGGACACAGCAGCCAGAGGGAGGCGGUGAUGAAGAUGUCCUUCUUUAACUCCAUGGUGCAGACCAUGUGCUCGGUGGACAUCCGGCUCUUCGUGUGUUUGGUGUACGCGCCCAAGUGCGUGGCGGGGGAGGUUUGGCGUCCCUGCAGGUCCUUCUGUGAGAGGGCCAAACGGGGCUGCGAGGGCCUGAUGACCAGCUUUGGCGUCUCCUGGCCGGACGAGCUGCAGUGCAACUCGUUCCCAGAGGAAAUGUGCGUUGCGGAGGACAGCAGGCCUGAUAUGCUGACUGCUGAAGAUGUUCUUGCUAAGCUGAACACGGCGGGCUACUCUGUCCGUGGAAACACCUUGAGUCUGAAGACGGCCCACCUGCUGGUGACGCUCGGGGACGUCGAUAAGACCGGAGACCUGAACGUGGUGGAGCUCUUUAAUCUGGAGCACUAUGUGGCUGCCGUCAGGAGGGAGUACGUGGAGAGCUACGAGAGGCGGACCCCGCCCGCCGUCACUCAGGCCCAGAUGAAGAAGAUCCUGUCGGCCCACGAGUUUGAAUUAGAGGAUGAAACCUUCAGAGUCAUGUGGCGCGAGUAUCACUCCAAAGGGGGGAUCGACUACGAUGAGUUUGUGGCCGUCAUGACGAAACUUCACAUCCUCAGAGAUCGUUUCCAGGCUCAUCUGCUGAACGUGCCGUGUGACUGCCAGGUGGCCAGUUUCUCUUUCAAGCAGUUCAUGAAAUCAGCCAUAAUGUGAGGAUUCAACCGGAGCUGAAUGGACCAGAGGAGGAAUUUUAUUGUUUAAGUAGCAUAGCUGUUUAGAGACCACCAUUUUUAUUAAACUUUUUUAUCGUGUUUGUAAAGAAACAGUCCAAGAACAAUAAACAUCGGGUAAAAAGAUGUGUUUUUAAACUAUUAGCAGUGUCUGAAGUUUAGAUUUGUAUGUUUGUGUAUUUUCAGAUCAUAAAUAUGAAUUCUGUAAAAGUGUCAUCUCACUUACAAUAAAAAUACUAAACUGAAAUAAUCA